UAUUGCCUUGCUCUCAGCAUGACUGCCAUCCAGCGAAAGUAACGCGUCAAGCCUCAUUCUAAAUUGAUACAACUUCCGUUUUCCGGGUAAUUUUAAUUUUCUACCAGCAACAUUGCUGCGGGUGUCAGUGUUGUUUGUUUUACAUAUUCCACUUUGACAGUUUAAAUCAAUUUUCGUUCACGAAUCAAACUAAAUAGUUUCUACAAUGUUGGAAGAUUUUGCCCGAGAUUUCGAAGCCUUUUCCGGUAAUUGGUGGACUUAUUUUAUUCCGUUUUGUGUGACCGUCAUUGGGUUUAUAAGAGUUUAUGCGGGCGGACCAUAUUAUCAAGGCAAAGAAAGGAUGGAUGGAAAACUUGUUAUAAUUACUGGAAGUUCUUCUGGAAUUGGUUUUGAAACAGCAAAAGAUCUUGCAUCGAGAGGUGCCCAUAUCAUUAUGGCAGUACGAAACGCCGAAAAAGGAAAACGCGCAUUGGAAAAAAUUAAAGAAAAUUAUAAAAAAUCCCAAGUUACAGUCAAACUAUUGGACAUAUCCGAAAUGGAUAGUAUCAGGAACUUUGUAGAUCAAAUCGAAGUUGAAUAUGAAAAAAUCGAUGUAUUGAUCAAUAACGCUGCAGUUAUUCAUCAGCCGUAUACAAAGACUAUAGAUGGCAACGAAUUAACAAUUGCUACCAACUAUUUAGGUCCAUUUUUUCUAACACACCUUCUUCUUCCGAUGCUAAAUAAAUCCGAACAUGGAAGAAUCAUUAACGUGUCUGCCAUGGCUCAUUUCAACGGGAAACUAAAAGUGGAAGCAUUGAAUAUGAACAAAGAUAAUUACAAUGAAGCUGACGCUUAUUCUCAAAGCAAAUUAGCCCUGACAAUCUUUACGAAAUAUCUGGCAACUCUACUUAAUAAAAAUACAACAAUAACAUGCAACGCUGUAAGUCCCGGUUUGGUGAGAGGCACAGCACAUCUCCAGAAUCUUCCACUUCUAAAAUCUGCCUGGACACGAUUUUCAACAUGGCCCUGGGUGUGGUUGUGCUUGAAAACACCAAAACAAGGUUGUCAAACUAUUUUGCAUGUUGCCUUGAAUUCGAAUUUGAAAAAAACUUCUGGUUUUUACUUUAGCGACUGUGAUUUCAAAGAACCAGCGGAACUGUUGAAGGACAUUCAUGUCGCCAAGGCCCUCUACAAAACUUCUUGUGGACUCGUCAAAAUCGAUGGGGAUGAUAUCAUAAACAAAUUAGGAAACGAGACCUUUUUCCUGGCAGAUGAAAGAGUUGAAGGUCUAGAUGAAAAUCUCAAAGGCCUGGAUAAACAAGUUGAAGGCCCAGGUGAAAAAUCCGAGUACCUAAAUGAAAAAGAUGAAUACCCAAAUGAUUUCUGAAUGUAAUAAAACUAAAUAUAAUAAAUAAAAUAUAUUUUAAAAAAUUAAUUAAUAACCCUGCCUAUACACUGCAUUUCUACGUUGUUAAUCUUGUCCAUUUUUCACUUACUCUCCAUAACCAUUUGGCUAAGUUUACAUCAAUAGCUUCACCAGUGAGUUCUUUUGGACUAUAGUUGCU